AUGGAUUCUAGUUUAUUAUGAAAAACAAGUAAUCUUAGAUAGUCUGUUCGUCUGAAAGCAUUAAUGUAUUUUUUGAUUGAUAUAAUCCAAAGUAUGGAGAAUAUUGAAUUAUGGGAGCCUUUGCUUUUUCAAAAGGAUUUAUGGGAGCAAAAAUUCUCUUAAAACAUAUGCUGAAUCUAUUGAGUUUAUUCAAACUAAAAGAUAUUAACAAGGUUUUAGAUGGACAGCCAAUGACAUUUCUAUAAAUUUAUAUGAUAAACUUCAUCUUAUUUUGAGAGAAAAUUAAUCACUAUAAAAUCUUUAUGUUGAAGAAAUCAAAAGUUAUUUAUAUGAUUAACUCAACAGUAACCAAGUUCUUUACAUAAGCAAAGUUGAUAAAUCUAUAAUCAAAUUGAAAAAUAUUUUGAAUGAAUUAUUGAUAUAGUGA